AUGCGGGGCGGGGCGGCGGGGCGCGCCCGCUGUCGCCCGCCCUCUGACCUACACUCAGGUGUCGCCCGGUUCCCUCUCUACUCGUUGUUCCCGCAGGGCGGAAGCCGCCCCACCAUCCAUAAAGUGACGACAGAGAGUCUGUUUACGACCUCUUUGUCGGCGUUCGGCGUGCCCACACCGCCGUCGAACUCGCAGUACUCGCCGCUGCAGUUGGAGCUCGUCAACUGCAGCCAGAGAGUGCUCGUCACGGAAAAGGAGAGCAGCAAAAUGGAGGAGGCGAAACUGGGCAAGUGCAUGACGGAACAGCUAUGCUGCCCGGACCAGAGGCAGAUCAUCGAUGGACUCGGUAUGAUGCAGCCGCUCACCAUCAAGACCGAGCAGGCCAAACGAUCGUGCAAUACCUGUCUUACUAACUCACCGAAAAAGGUGAUCCACACAGACGGUGGAUGCAGUCGUACAAACCCAGUGACCUGGCUCGGCGUGACCGGCCAGAACGUUCAAGUGCAAGUGAAAAGAGAACCUCAACAUCUGCACGUUUCGGAACUAGUGGCUGUCAAGCUGGAGCAGGCAUCACCAGGGAACAAGCCUGAGCCACCUGCCAUACCUGCUUCUUUGAAUAAUGGAUCAAUUCCUGUUGGCAUUGCGGUCGCUAGGCCAAAGGACAACCAACGCAUGCACGACCUUGGCACCACGUCAUUCUGUUGUCAUUCCGCCACAGACGCAGCGCAGGCGGCCAUGACGGUGGGCGUGGCCAACAUGGUCUGCGACGACCGCUCCGCCCCAUUGGCGUGGCCCGCUCCGCCCGCGCCCGCGCCCCCCGCUCCGCUCUGGCAGUACCCCACUGCUCAAGUAUCAAUGGAGAGUAUGAUGGUGGGCGGAGUGGGUGUUGGUGGAGUCGGUGCGGUCGGCGGUGGCAUGUCCUCAGUUGGUGGCUUCCAGCUCGUCAGGGACCCGGCAUCAGGAGCUUUAUUACUUCUACCAACACCUACAGACUUGUCCCACGCAGUCGUUUGGGGAGGAGUGCCCUACUCUUCCGCACCAUUGCUACUCCCUCCCGCUCCUCAUCCUUCACAUCACCUCCAGUUACUAUCAGGAGACAUACUCGCCUCGACAGCAACAUUACAACAUACACAUACGCACUCGACUAGACUUGUAACUCUGGCCCCGGCUCCUCAGCCGCAACAGCAUUCAGUAACUCACACAGCGGACAAACGAAAGCCAAUGAUCCAACCACUUAUUACACCACAUACCUUAAUCAAGAUCGAACCAGAGCCAAUGCAAGAAAAACCGCAGCCUACCUUCGUGUCUGAACCUGUGCAACAACCAUUGUUGACGACGAAUAUGUACUACCAACCCGACUUCUCAGAGCAGCCUUGCAGAAGUCAAGCGACAUCACCUGCUGCACCGCCCACAUCACCACCUGAGGCUCCUGAAGGCCCAGCUCAUAAAGAUGCUUCUAACCAAACGGAUCAUAUUGAUGACGAAGAUGAGUCACCUAACCACGCAGAUGAAGAUGAAAGAGAUGUCGCCUGUGUAGGUGUUGCACAUUUCCCUGAAGAAUCUAUGGUACAGGCACACACAUUAAUGCCACCGUCUAUAGACAGCGCUGAAGAUUCCUCUUCAGAAGGGUUGGCAACAUCAGCAGUUGUAGGUGCUGUCGAAAAGGCAAUAGACGCAAUAGAACGAGAUGAAGCUUUAGAUAACUCAAGCAGUGGUAGUGGCGGCUCUCAUGAUUUAAUCAUUGAUACAGCGAGUACUUCUCCCAUACAACAGCAAAAUACUGCAUUACCUAGGCCAAUAGUCGAUGUAAGCGGCCUCGAACUGUUGUCUAAUAGUAUUGAACAAUAUGAGAGAACAACUCCUGGAAAUAAUAUGCCAAGUUUAGAACCAGUUCCGUUAACGAUUGAUACGCGAACAACGACGAAACUAAACAUUAUGAUAAAGACGUCGCCUAAAUCACCGCUGAGAACUGCAGAAGUGGAAUCUCAUAGGAGAUUCGAGUUUCCCGCCACAGAACCUAGCACUAGUGAGCAGAAUAAACAGUCAUUCGAUGGUUUGGGUCUCCUAUGUGCAUUAGCAGAGCAGAGAAUAAUGCAAGAAGUCCAAGAAAGUCCCACAGUAAUGCCUUCUAGACCUUUCAUUAAGAGUGAAAUUCUAAGUCCUACCGAGAGACAACAAGAUAGAGACAGAUCUUUGGAGUCAAAAAAAGACAAACCAAGACAUAGAGAUGGCGAUUCAUCAAAUGAAAGGAGAAGAAAACGAAGCCAUGACAGAGACGAGCGUCAUAGACACAAAUUAGAAAAGAUUAGACGGCGUGAGAGAGAGAAAGAUGAUAGAAGAGGGGGAGGAGAAUUGGAAGCUAGUUUAAGACGAGUGACAGCAUGUACCUGUGGAUCGGCGGAUUGUUCGCACAAGCCCACAGUCAACGCUCAGGCAUUAAUAAGCGCGGUAGAAAAAGACAUGCAACAACGAUUGCUGGAACUUGAAAGAAAAUGUGACGAAAAGAGAGCUCAACUCAACGCAUUGACACCUCCGUUGCCUGUGCUAUCGGGUCCUUCUACACCUUCCACUCCUGCCUUGUCACCUGAUUCAGAUAGAGGAUCAUCGAAGAAGAGAAAAGUGGGACGACCUCGGAAAGUAUCCAGUCCAGAUUCGACGGAAACUAUAGUUGCCAAGAAGCCGAAGUCAAAGAGCAGGCUCGUAGGAUACUUACUCGCUAAAGGCAAGCUUAAGGGGGGAAUAUUGUGCUCGAGAGGUGAACCAUCGAGAGAAGAUGCUAGAACGAGUAAAGUGCGUCCUAAAUUGAAAGCUGAGCCGAUAUUAAAGACUUAUUCUGAAGAAGAUGAUCAUGAGUGGGGCCUUAACAGAUCUGCGAGUUCUUCAAUGGAGAGUCUCAAUGAAGUUCGGCAAAAAAAUCGAGAAAAAGUGGAAAAACUGGUUAGGAAACACUCUAGGGAUGAUAUGCCGGAAAUGGAAUUUGCUAUGCGCAGAGCUAGCCAUUCUAGUGACAGUGAGAAAGAAAGACGCCGCGCGAAGAAAAGGAGAAAGAGCGUCAAGUCUAAAGACAAAUCUGAUAAUACUAAAGACUCGACUCCUAUUUCUAAGCCACAAAUUUCAAGAUGUACCUUAACUGAAAACUUGUUAGAUACAUCGCCAAGAGUACUUACCGCCAUGGGUGGAUUAUUCUAUGCUGGAAAAUUAAGCGCAGUGCAAGCUCCCGAUGUGUAUGCAAUCACUCUGGAUGGAGAAAGAGGGAACAAGCCUCAUAUAUUGUCAAGAGAGGAAACUUUGAGAGAUGCGAUAUUGGAAGUAACUCCAAAAACGGUAGCGGAAUUGCCCUCAAAUACCCGAGUUUGCGCAUACUGGUCGCAACAAUAUCGUUGCUUAUAUCCUGGCACUGUCGCCGUCUCAUCACCAGACCCUAAUGGUGACACAUUCGUGGCAGUUGAGUUUGACGACGGAGAUUCGGGCAGAAUAGCCAUUGAAGAUAUUAGAUUUUUGGAGCCAAAUUACCCUGUUGUAGAAUAUGAAAAUCCGUUAUUCACGCUUGGCAAACGAAGAAGAAAUACUAGUAUGACCGAAGACAAAAAACCAAUUACAUCCGCUAGCGAAAUAAAACUGGAGGUUCCACUGAAGAUAGAAAUCGAAGACAAACACAAAGAUAGAAAGAAGCUUAAGAAACAUAGAAAAGACAAAAUCAAACGUCAAUCAAGCGACGACGAUCCAAACUCUAUCGAGCAUAUUAAAAAGAAGAAAAAGAAACACAAAUGUUGUGAAGAACAUUGCAAACACAGAAGACAUCACAAGAAACACCACAGGAAACACAGGAAAAGACAUCAUUCAAGCUGCAAAGAACACUCAAGUUCUUCAGGUGACGAUCACCAUCGCCACAAAUCGUCAUCCGAUUACGGAGAUUCCAAAUCGAAUGAAGACUCUGGGGAUUCGAAUGAUAGACUGUCUACUUUAAUAGCCGUAGAGAAAUCCCCAGACGAUAAAAUGAAAACGGUGAUAAAGAAAGCAGUGUUGUCUAAAAAGAGUUUGGUAAAGAAUGCUGUAUUGGACUUUAGCAAUUUGGGGAAGAUUGGGUUGAACAAAGAUGAAGGACAGAAGGACAAUUUGAAGGAUAGUGGUAUUGGGUUGGAGGAAGAGAUACCUUCCACUUCAGCUGGUGAAGUUCCAAAAAAGAAAGCCAAACGCCGCACAGUUUCAUCAACAUCAUCCGAUGGUGGUGCUGUAGGAGGCGGCGUGAGCAAAAUGGCUGCCUUUUUACCUGGUGGCGCUCUGUGGCACUGGCUAGGACCAGCGUACCGAAGGACGGCCAGGCCGAGGCAUAGAAAGCUGUUCUAUAAGGCCAUACAGAGAGGAGAGGAAACUUUACACGUUGGUGACGCAGCCGUAUUCCUGUCAACCGGCCGGCCUGAUCGACCAUACAUCGGUCGGAUCGUCGCACUAUGGGAGGCACGCGGAGCCAUGGCCGUGCGCGUAAAAUGGUUCUAUCACCCGGAGGAGACUGUACCUUGCCAGGAGCAAUUACAGUAUCCGGGUGGUCUGUUCGAGUCGCCACACACCGACGAAAACGACGUGCAAACAAUAUCGCACAAAUGCGAAGUGUUGCCCCUUGCUCAGUACAAGGAACGCAUGGGUGAUGACCCGGUUAAGUACAGCACUGUAUACGAUAAUAACGACGUCUACUACUUGGCCGGGCAUUACGAUCCUACGCCACAAACGAUGAAGAUGGAGCCAGACAUUCCUUUUGCGAAUAAAUCGAGCUCCUAAAUAUUUGUGAACUCCUAGUACUUUUUUGCGCUGUGGCAGAAAAAAAUGCACUUAUUGUAUUUUUGUCAGAAAAGGACAUAAGUCUUAAAAAGAAUAGUUACUAAUAUUUAAACGUUUUCUGCUUACAUGUUGUCCAUGCAGCGUCGCUAAAAAAAGUUCUAACAGCUAAUACGUCACGAGAAUGGCCAGUGUUAUUUUUAAAAACGAAUUAGUCAAAGGAUUACUUUUCAGCCGCCCCUCGUGUGUUGUUAUAAUGAUCGGUUAUAAAAAAGUCACCCGUCUAUCUCCAUUUAAAGUUACCCCCUUUGUUAUGUUAACGAUGUACGUUGGGAAAACGUGCUGGAUUUCGUGGUGGACAAUAGGCAGCGAUGGAAAGAGGCCGCGUAUGGUGAUGACAUGUGAUGUUUGUACUUUAAACGCAGUAAUCUCUCGGUGUAUAGGUAGUUAUAUACGUGUAUAUUCUAUUAUAUAUUAGUUUCUCCUCAUCGAAUGUCUAUAUUAAUCUUUAAUAUUGCAAUACUAUAUCAACUAGUCCCAUCUGUUAUUCAAAAUUCCAGUGUAGUCAUAUGUUUUGAGAGAAUUUUGAAAAAUUUUUUUUUAUAACAAAAUUUAACUUUUCGCAGAGUUUUUACAUUUUCGGUGAACUGUUUGUUGUAUUGUUGUGUUAACAUGUAUUUUUUUAAUGUUUUUUUUUCGGUUGAUAAUUUUAUGUUAAUCAAUGUAUACCUUUAUCGAAAUGGUGCUAGAAGCUUGAUACUACAUUAUUUUCGCUGUAGUUUAAGACUGUACAUAGGUGGAUCCUAGUUCUUAAGUUUAUAUACCUACACGAGAUAUUUCACAAAGUUUUUUAUUUCCGCUUACAAAAAAUGUUGUCAUUCAUUUCAAUUAUUAGUGGAUAAUUUCACAGGGUAUGUGGCCCUGAUUUUUAGCUAUCCUUUUCAUAUCGUGAAGUUACAAAAAGGGACUGAAACAGACAGGGAAAUAGAUAGAGGCGAGAGUGCGGUCGGAAUUAGAUAGGUUUUUGUACGAAGCGGCCAAAAGGUUUGUAAGAAAAAGUGGGAAAUAUUCAGCCUUAAAAUUGUUUCAUCAUACUGGAUAUCUAGUAAGCUAAUGUAAGUUCAAGACUCUCCGAUAGUUGAUGUUGCAUGCAGUGUGACAGCUCAGCAUAACCUGGUCGAGCAGGUAAAUUUAACGAUCCACAAAUUAAGAAGAGUCCACAUUGGACUUCAAUGUGUAUCAACUUAAACUGAAUGUUGCUUGGGUAAAACAUCAGAGACUAGUAAUAGGCGAGCUCUCACGUUUGAUGCGACCGAAUUGAUUAGUGGGGAGCCUUCAAUCUGAGGCCAAAAAUAUAGCUGGCCAAACUUCAGUUGUUUAGAGUGCGUCAUACUUUUUUUUGUUAUUAUCAUUAAUAAUUUAAUAAGUGUAAUAAUUUAAGUUCUAAGUUAAGGCUUCUUUGAUUUCUAUCAAUAUAAAAAUAAAAACUAAAAAUUAUAUUAUUGGAAUUAUAAAAUCUUAAGAGAAACGAAAGUGCGAAUUUGGUAACAAUAUUUUAGAAAUUGGUAUUUUUAUAUUAUGGAUAGAGAACAUUUUUAUUUUAAAUUAAUAUAAAAAAAAAUAAGUAUGAAUAAGUACAAACUCAUUGAGGUACGGCUCGGCCCACUGUAUGUAUACUAAACUGGUAUUAAUUCAUUUGGAACGGUUAAAACAAUCUUUUGCGUGAAUAAAUUCACCUGUAGAAAAGAAGGUUUUAAUUAAGAAUUAUUCCUAACUAGAUGUAGCGUGUAUUCAAGAGGGGAAGCCAUAAAAAUAUUAGCAUUAAAGAUUAAUAAUAUAUCAGCAUGAAUAAUAUAAAGAUUAUAAAUAAAUACGCUUAAAUAAAAUAUUUUUGG